UGGGACCCGGCUGAGGGAACAGCAGCGAGUGAUCACUCUCCGAGCUGGUAAUGACAGGUAGACAGAUGUGAAGGAUGACUUCCUGCACAGAGAUCUGUGGGUCAGACUACGGAGAGCAAGCUCAGGCCGGCGGGAACUGCCAGCAGUAUGGAGUCCGUUCUUACCUACACCAGUUCUAUGAGGAAUGCACAGCCUCAAUCUGGGAACGUGAUGAAGAUUUUCAGAUUCAGAGAUCACCGAGCAGGUGGAGCUCUUUACUCUGGAAGGUCUGUCUCGCGUUCGGCACUCUGAUCUUGGUAGUGGGCCUCAUUGUUGUGUUGGUGGGUUAUGGCACUCCAGCGAGGAUUGAAGCAUUUGGCGAGGAUGAUCUCCUUUUUGUUGACAGCCAUGCAGUCAGCUUCAACCGUGCACUGGAUGUUUGUAAGCUGACCGGCGCUGUGCUGUUCUGUGUGGGAGGCACCUCCAUGGCUGUGGGUCUCCUGCUGUCUGCCUUUGCCAAAAGCUACUCCAAAGAAGAGCUCUAUCUGCAGCAGAAGUUUAAGGAGAGGUUGGCAGAUCUGCACGCAACAGUUGGUACCCCCAUAAUGAGGGCGCCGACUCCCGGAGAGGGAAAGGUGCCAGUCACACUUUCCAAAGUGCAGAACAUCCAGCCAACGACCACAAAGUCAGAGACCUGACAGACGCCAACAUGAAGUCAUACAGUGAAGAAACGUGUGUGUGAUUGACAUGUGCGCAGACUGUGAGUGGGUGUGAACAUGUGUGUGUAUGUCAAUCUGUGUGCAUUUUCUCUUAUUUUGAAAGGUCAGCUUACAUGACUGAAUUUUUUUUUGUUUGCAGUGCUUGACAUCAAAGCUUCAUUUUUAAGGUUUAAUCUGUGCUGAGCUAAUACAGCUGUGCAAAGUUUAACUUCUUUGUUUGAACAUCACUAGUAUGAAAUCCAAUUUUAGUUUAACAAAGCACAUGCAGGUUCUGAGCUUUAUGCCCAGAAACAAACCGCAGAAACAAAUCAAUAAACCACAGCAGCUGAACAACAACAUCUUAGUUAAGAUGUGUUUUCUUUUGAGAGGACUCACUUUGGGAAAAGAGGAUUGUGUGUGUGCCUGGGGGUGGGAGGCAGCAGAUGCACCAUUUGAAGUAAUUGCUGAUUGGCGCCCAUUCACAGAAAUGAUCAAAAGAAGCCGUGGACACAACAGCUAUUAUUUCAACAGAAGAACAUCAGGGGAAGUGUUUCUCUGUACUAAGUACUCUUUGUGCUCCUUGUACAGACAGAAAAUCACCACAGAGAGAGGUGUAAAUCAAAACAGCACGAUAUUAACAUGUGCUUUAGCCAAUUAAUGAGUCAUUUAAGUUCUGUUUACGGGAAAGAAAACUGGAGGCUUAUGAGAUACUUAUAUUGAACUAUUCAGACCAUCAGAGCAGAUUAGAAGAGACAUUAAAGGGUGGAUUUCACACUGACAUUUUCUCCUGCCUUAUUAGGCUUCUGACCUUCAGUGAGUUUUCAGACAGGAUCGAUAGGGAGGCAGCACAGAUGGAUGAGAGGUACACUGAAGCAGACAGAGCAUGCACAACAGCAAAGUCUGUCACUUAAUCAAGGGGUUACCCUCAAGUCGAUACAAAUAAGGCAUCCAUAAAGGAUAAAUACCGUCCAUGCUUGUAUUUUUGCAACAAAUUGAUCAAAAUGCCCUCAUCCAGCUGCUAUGAGUGCAGGUGCUAUGUGGUUAAAGGGAGCAUCAGUAGAGGCAGCAACGUGACAGAAAUGUUACAUAACAAGGGAAGAGCGUGCGACCAGCUCUCCAGUGAGAUCCCAUCAGCUGCAUUGUCUUUGACAGCGUGACACUUGUUGUUUUCAGCCUGUCUGGUUUCACACAUGCUUUGGAUACACCUGAAACUGCAAAGAGCAUGGCAAGUAAAGUUGAAAAGGUUUCAUAUACUGGUGUCAUAUCCAACAGAGGUUAUUUAAAGGGGAUUUAUACUCAUUUUACUCUUUAACUUACAAGCACAACAGGCUGCUACGGUCAUGUGUUGCUGCUUUUUAGAACCCAUUAUUUUUGUUGCUAUUAAAUAUGUUUUAUUAUUGUGAUAAAGCCAAUCUAAAUGACGCUUUCAGCUCUUGCUUAUGUAUGAUUUCUUUUUUUUUUUUUAAUCUAUUGUACACAACAACAUCAAUUGUACCACUGCAGAUUUUCUUAUGUAGUUUGGUUAAAAGUAUGAUAGCGGUUGUCACUGUCUAACUGCCAUCAAGCAUGUUCAUUAAUGCUGCAGGAACCUUCCACUUUCUCCUGUUUAAAUCCAUGCACUAACAAUGGCAUCACUGUUGAAAUGCUAUGCUGGCUUUAUAUGUUCAUGUAAGUUGACCUUUUACCAUUAUUCCAACAACCUCUCCCUUUCUUGUCAGAUUUUAUGAUAAGUUUUCUAUGAUGUCACUUCCAUUCUCAGAUUUAAUGCAAACUCGUAGCUCUAAGAACAGCACAUUAAUUGUAAAGAAACCCACUGUUAAGCUGCAAAAAUGAGUAAAUCAAUCUGUUAAAACAAGCUGUCAUGGAUCAAACCUCCUGUGCGGUGGGAGCAUUAUUAAGUGAUCGAUAAACGUGCUGACUUGUAGUUCUUUAUGCUGUGAUUUGUGCAUUUUUUUUUCAUUUCUACAUUUACCAAAACUGAGUUCUUUAUUGCAAUCCCAAGUCCAUAACUUUUUUUUUUUUUUUUUUGCUUUAUUUCUGGCCAUCAGAUGAAAAUGGUCUCCCAGUUUAAGUGUCUCCUGAUGUAACAGUGGAUUCUACCAUUAAAUGAAAAAUGUACUGAUAUCCGAUAAAGAACAAAUAUAUAUCAGUGUCUAUAUAUACAGUAUGUCUAUUUUUCAAAAAUACAA